AUGGUCGGACCCUUGGAUCAAAUAGCUAUGGCUGAUCUCCCCAUAAAAAGCUUAUACUUUGCCUUGUCCGGCGUACCUCAGCUUGAAGCAUACCCGAGAACAAACGCGCUUCUAGUACGCAAUCAUGGAGUUUUCAUAUGGGGAGAGUCAUGGAUUAGUGCCAAGACGCAGGUUAGGGACAAGAAAGGAGUCAAAAGAUGGGAACGAGUUGGAGUGAAGCUGGAGGACCAUAUUGCCGAACCAACAAUUUCUUGGGAGGCCAUGUCAAAGGAUGGAUAUGCCAAAUGCUUUAGUGAAUAUUUAUCAAAGAUCUCGUUGGAGGAUCUAACUCGUUCCAAGCCAUUAUGGGAAGUUCAUGUGAUCAAACACUCCACUACCACUGUAGUUUUUAAAGUUCAUCACUCCGUUGGAGAUGGCUACGCUCUCAUGGGUGUUCUUCUCUCUUGUCUGGAAAGAGCUGAUGAUCCCUCUCUCCCUGUGACUUUUCCUUCACUCAAAUCGUCAAAAAUGGAGCCUGAAAGCCGAAACUUGUUCGGGAGAAUUCCCCGCUUCUUAUCCUCUAUCUUCUCUUCUGCAACAUAUUUUGGGUGGAGCUUGCUCAAAAGUACUUUGGUUGAAGAUGAUAAAACACCAAUAAGGUCUGGAAAUAGAUCAGUCGAGCUUCAACCUGCUGCCAUGUUCAAUGUCAAAUUUCCAAUGAACCGUAUUAAAGAAAUGAAGUCCAAGCUUGAAGUGACAGUAAAUGAUGUGAUCACGGGAAUAAUUUCCCUCGGGAUCCGGUUAUACAUGCAAGACGUCGAUCAUUCUUCAAGCACAAAAAAUAGCACCCUUCUGCUAAUACUUAAUACAAGAAAUGUUCAAAGUUACCAGGCAGCGAAAAAUAUGAAAGAGGCUAAAGGGGAGUGUACUUGGGGGAACAAAUUCUCCUUCAUGCAUGUAGCAAUUCCAAAAUUGAAUGACGCCCAAAAAACUUUUUAG